AGGCUCGCGGCUCGGCAGAGCAGCCCGGCCACGCGUCCCCAACGUCCCUGAUCGCGUGCCCCAACCGCCACCGUGUCCCCGGGGCGCCAUGGGGGCCCCGCGCUGUGCCCCGCUACUGCUACUCCUGCUGCUGCCGCUGCUGCUCACGCCGCCCGCCGGGGAUGCCGCGGUCAUCACCGGGGCUUGCGACAAGGACUCCCAGUGUGGAGGAGGCAUGUGCUGCGCUGUCAGUAUCUGGGUGAAGAGCAUACGGAUCUGCACACCUAUGGGCCAAGUGGGAGACAGCUGCCACCCCCUGACUCGGAAAAGCCAUGUUGCAAAUGGAAGGCAGGAAAGAAGAAGGGCGAAGAGAAGAAAAAAGAAAAAGGAGGUUCCAUUUUGGGGGCGGAGAAUGCAUCACACUUGUCCUUGUCUGCCAGGCUUGGCAUGUUUACGGACUUCUUUCAACCGGUUUAUUUGUUUGGCCCGGAAGUGAUCACUUUGAAGUAGGAACUUGAAGUGUGAAUCUCCACUGCACAAUGUCUGUCAAGUCUCACUUGUGAUUGUGUCCCACAAAGAAUACGCCAGAAAGAAAUGCUCUCGCUUCCUCAACUUUCCAAGUAACAUUUUGAAGUGACUUUUUUUUUUCUUUUUGAAGGAGAGUUUUGAUUUUUGGAUAGACUUAUAAAGGGCAAAGCAUUCUGGAAUGGCUUCUCAUUUCCCUGUUUAUGUUUUGGCUUGACAUUUUUUGAAUGCCAAUAACAACCACUUUCACAAAUAGGAGAAUAGGAGUAGGUGUUUCGCUGCAGAAACUUUUUUUGUGUGUCCUUUGCAAACCGUCUGCCCAUCCUGCCCAGUGCACAGACACUCCCUCCCUCCCUCUUCAAAGACUCUGUGGCCCUCACUUUAGCCUAGAAUUUUAAAGUGGGGUCUCUACAACCCUAGCCUACUGCCAGAGCCACUGCGGAGGCUCAGACAGCUAGCUCUAGACUUAUUUGGAGGCAAGAAGAUGCAUUUGAACCAGACACUCCAGACAGCUCAUUGGGAGUGGAAUUUGGGAGUGCUUCUGGAACUUUGCUGUACCCAUCUAGCCCGGCGGCUUUCAGUUGUACUGUUUAACUGGUGGUAGGACAAAGUUAAUGGACACUGAAGGAAUGUGGUCCAUUUUUCUAGAUUUGUUUGAGUGAAAGGUGUUUUCUCCCUAAUGGAAUAUUACAUUUCUUUUUUCAUUUUUUUUUUUACUUGAAGCUCUUUUUUAUUUUUAAUCUUCUUGUUGGAGACAUUCUAAAGAACGCCACUUGAGGAGGAAGCAUUGGUUUUCAUCUGGUACGACAGGAGUCAUCAUUUAAAAAUCGGUGUUAAGUUAUAAUUUAAGCUUUUACUUGUAACCCAAAGGUCUAUUGUAAUGGAUUUCCUGAUAUCUUGCCAUUUGUACUGGUAUCAAUAUUUCUAUGUAAAAAAUUCUGUAUCAGAAUAAUGACAAUACUGUAUAUCCUUUGAUUUAUUUUGAUAUUAUAUCCUUAUUUUUGUCACA